UCACCUGCGUUUUGAAUCGUGCGGGCUAACUGGGAUUGAUCGAGCCUGCAUAACCUUUGCACUGUUCAACCCGACCCUCCUCUCUCACACAUCGGGGGGGAAACUGCAAACUUCAUGUAUCCAUAAUCUCUAACGCGGAGAACAACAUGGACCUCCAAAAAAUCAUCCACAGCGCCCUGCACGAAUUUAUCCAGACUUACAUUCCCGAUGCAGACCUAAGCACGCUGGAUGAUGUUCUUCUGUCGUACAUCACUGGAGUCCUUGAGGAUUUGGGCUCCCAGCAGAGCGUUGAGGAGAACUUUGAUGUGGAGGUCUUUGGAGAAAUGCUGGAAGCUUACAUACCUGGGUUUGCUGAAAUUGACAGUGUCAAAGUUUGUGAAAUGAUGUUCAGUCUGGCUUCAAAGCUGGCCACUGCUCGGACAUCGGCUGACAAAGAAAACAGCGUGCCUAAGACAGGGACAGAACAGCUUUCUUUGAAACUUACUACCCUGGCCAGUCAACCAGCGCCAGGACAAGAACCUCAGUGCCUUAAAACACAGACAGAGGGCGCUACAGCCAAGCUGUCCGUGUCUGAGUGGGAGAUCCAAGAGCAGCACCUGCUGGAGAUGUUUCCAAAGUGCAGUUUGUCAGAAGCUCGCAGUGCCCUUUCCAUUGCUAAAGGAGACAUGGAGGAGGCGGUGCGACUUAUCAUAGAAGGGGAUGUGCAGCUCAGCCCUACUCCUCUUAAUGUAAACCAAGGGAAAAGCAUUUCCUCUCUUGCGGACCAGAAACUUAAAGAGAGUAUCCUUGAGAAAUACAUGCUGGUGGACAGUGAGGAAGAUAACAAAACACAUCGGCCUGUCGCCCCCAAAGAUGCUCCAAAAAAGCUUGUUCGCUACCAUGGUAACCAGGUGGUUACAACAAAAGGUGAGAGAUACCAGCUUGUGAAGAAAAACGAGGAUGACGAAAUGAAGAAGACCUACGUCAACCUGAAGCCGGCCCGAAAGUACCGCUUUCAUUGAUGAUGAGCUCCUGCAGCUAGUAACAGCAUUGUUUACACUACUCCUUUAUCCAGCUCAUUAAACCGGAACUUGGUGUAAUUUUUUUUUCUCCCCAAGUAGUAGAAAGCAUUUUGUCUUUUCAGUGUGGGAGUGGCUUAUUUUAAACAUUUCUAACCAUCAUGCCUUGAAAAAUAUCUUGGUAUUUUAGCUGCGUCGCUGAUGCUUUUCAAACUUUUUUUCAUCAAGCUGUUGUAAGUUGUUUUUUGUUUUUUUUGUGUGUCAGAU